UGCCAGUUCCCACUACCGCACGCUCCGCAGCCCAUGGCACACCGACGCGGCCUCACAAGCGUCCUAGGACCCCUCCUCUGGUGACAGAACGCCGUUGACUGCGCGCAGUCCGGGCCCGGGUGCUGCAAUCAUGCGGUUACCCUACCUCGGGGCCGCUGUCGUUCGUGACGUUCUGCUGCUGCUCCUCGCCGUGUCGCAAUUGGGGGCUGCCGCCGCCCACGAGCCCGAUCCACCAACUCCGAGUCCGCUUUGGAUCCCACCAUCCGGCGAGUGGUAUGGCAUCGACGGGACCUGGUCUAACUUCGCUUUCUUCAUUGGCUCCCCCGCCCAGGUUGUGUAUCUCAGCGUCGCUACAGCGCUGUCGGAGAUAUGGGUGGUCUCCACGGGCGGCUGCGUUCCAGUUCAACUCUGCAUCGACGCUCGUGGUGGCGUCUUCGACAUCUCGCAAUCCGACACAUGGCGUCCGCUGGGGGGUUGGCAGUUGGGCAUGAACUAUACAGGCAUGGGAGGGAACGGGAACUACGGGUUGGAGACGCUCGCUUUUUUUAACAGGGUGACGCGCUUCACGACGGCCGUCGACGGUGCCCUGGUGGCGGCCAUCAACGACACCGACUACUACCAGGGAUACAUUGGCGUCGGCGUGACCCAGGGCAGAUUUGGGUCCAACCUCACCAAUCCUUUCAUUUCGCAGUUAGCGCAAACCUACGGAACUAUUCCGAGUCAUGGCUACGGAUAUACGGCGGGCGCCUACUACCGCACCGAUGAAUCAAACGGUGGGACAGUGGCAUCCCUCACACUUGGGGGGUAUGAUACCCUAAGGUUUGAAAAGCACGAUACCAAAUUUACACUUGACCCAGUUACACGGCUUCCCGUUGUGCGGCUCCGCGGGAUAACAGCCACGGUACCCACGCUCGAGCAGGCUCCCACCAAGAAUUGGACGUCGACGGAACGUUCGUUUGUUAAAAUGGACGAUGCUAUCAUCGCUACCAUUGACUCGUCGACACCGUACCUGUGGCUCCCUACCGAGGUGUGCGAGCGGUUCGCCAAGGCGUUGAACCUGAAAUGGAGGGAGGAUCUUGGCCUCUACGUCUUCUCCGACGGCGUCCAGUAUACGAAUUACCAGACCAGCACGUCGCUAUCAUUCACCUUCUCCCUCUCUAGCUACCAGAAUGCCGACAACUUCGGGCAACCUUUCAACACUCCUGGCGUUGUCAACAUCACCCUCCCAUCCGCCGCCUUUGCGCAACUUCUACGUUACCCUUUCAAAAACAUUAUCCAGUGGGGUGAUUCGAGCGUACCAUAUUUCCCCCUCAAACGGUCGACCAAGAGCGUGAACGACAACCGGUACAUCAUCGGACGCGCGUUUCUGCAGGAGGCAUACAUCAUCACCUCGUACGACCGAGGAACCUACUCACUCCACCAGGCUCUGUUUCCCAAGAACGCGACGGAAAACUACUUGCUUGAGGAGAUUACCAGGCCGACGGAUAGCGCCUAUCCCAAAUAUGAGAGCGAGCCCACUCCCGACCAAGGGUUGUCUACUGGCCAGACUGUCGGGAUUGUGCUGGGUGCGUUCAUCGUUGGCAGCAUUGCGGCGUUGCUGGUGUGGUUCUGUCUACGCAAACGGAAAGACAAGCAGAAGGACGUCUCGGGGCAGGAAGACGAGAACAAGGACGGCCCUCAAAUGAUGGAGGAGGAAGAGGAGGAGGAACCUACGAGCCCCGUCAAAAGGAUGUUUACAAAGAUCAUACGAAAGAAGCGAUCACGGAAACCGGUAGUCCACGAAACGGAUGGCCAAAGCACGCAGCCAGUCGAGGUUGGUGCUGACGCACAGCAUCAGGUGUUCGAGAUGCCGGUGCCCCCCGAGCCCGUCGAGCUAGAUAGUCACGACGUGGGAGACGAGGACACUGAAUUUGGCGCCGACAGCGCCCGAGCGUUGAGCCAAUACGAGAUCACAAGGCGGAAACUGGACCGUCAGCUACAGGGACCAGUGCCGACCUACACACCAACUGCCACAUUCCCGAACGGACCGGGACCUGAAAAGUCAAUGCAAGGUUCAAGCCCCGUGGCCCAUUACAGACCGAUCGAGGAUCCCUCACCAGCAUCGUCACCGACUUACGCAAACAGUAAUUCACUCCCAGGCACUCUUCCCUCCCCGAUGACGCCCCACGGCGACUGGACAAACCGCGCGUUCGAUCUCCCAUCGCCAAUGACAGUUGCGCCCCCAGCACACCUCCUACACGCGCCUUUGACUGGUUCAGAUGCGGCCUACUCGCCCGUCUCCCCUCACUCUCCGCAUUCACCACACACAUACGCUCCAUCGUCCAUCACCCGCGCAGAGUCCAAUGACUCGCCCACCUCUGCGACCGGAUCCAUGCAGCUACCAUCCCCGACAUUUCAGCGAACUCCCAUCGACCCGUCACGAGUGGUGUGCCUGGGUCCCUUGCCAGAAAACGUUCAGCUCCCACGCCCUCAACAAUCAAUACCGCGAAUAGUCACCUCGGUCCAUCCCCCGGCAGACACACGCACCGAGGCCGGCCCAGCCUAUUUACGCCCCCAGGAUCUACCGCUUCCGCAGCCAUUAGGGCACCAUCGCUCUCAUACGCAAGGUUCGACCGACACGCUGGGGAGCAACUUCACUGUCGAAGAAGAGACCCGCUUCCGGACGGACGAGGGCGUAUCACCAAUACAGCCGAGCAUAGCGCAGGAGCACGAAUACCAGGGCCAAGACCAUGACCGCGACCGCGACCAGGACCAGGACGUACCCCGUACCCCGUGCAGCAUGGAACGCAUCGAUGGGGGUUCGGAGCUCAUCCAUGUGCCGCAGGUCGCCGAGAAGCGGUACAGCUGGGAGGAGGACCGGGGCGGCAGUCUCAGCUGAGCAGGCUCCUGGGCCACUGCCCGAGGCUGCUCCUGCCUAGCGUCGACGUUCCCUAUGUUGGGUGGCAUCAUGCAUCGUAUAUAUGCUAUG